ACAAAUAAGCAUUAUACAUUGGAGCAUUUACCUCUAACACAGUUGACAAAAAAAGAAGUACUGGGCCAAAACAAAUGUAUCCUGCUCCUCCUCCACAAGCCUACCACAGCUACGGCGUCGCUGCGGUUCCGUCACCGGUGCCGCCCGCAAACUGUCAACCGAUGCAUCCGCCACCUCACGGCGGCCUAACGCGGUGGUCGACCGGCCUUUUCCACUGCCUCGACGACCCCGGCAACUGUGUGAUAACGUGCUUAUGCCCAUGCAUCACGUUCGGCCAGAUCGCUGACAUAGUCGACAGAGGGUCAUGCUCAUGUGUGGAGGGUGGGAUGGCUUAUGGGCUGCUGUGCUUGACGGGGCUGGCAUGCCUAUACUCGUGCUUCUACCGGUCGAAAAUGCGCGGCCAGUACGACUUAGAAGACGGCCCCGUCCCCGACUGCCUCGUUCACUUCUGCUGCGAGACCUGCGCGCUGUGCCAGGAGUACAGAGAGCUCAAGAGCAGAGGCUUCGAUCUGGGAAUCGGUUGGAACGCUAAUAUGGAUCGGCAGAAGCGCGGUGUAAUGGGGAACAUAGUCGUCGGAGCCCCAGCCAUCCCAGGAGGCAUGAUCAGAUGAGAAAAGAGAGACCAAAAUCAUGUUUUCGCCCUUAAUUGAUGAAUUUAUGGAGCUAUGGUUACUAUGUAUUUUCUGUUUUAUCUUCUACUAUCAUACUGAGACAAUGCUCAGGAAAUUGGAAUCCGUAUGCUCUGCAGCUUUUCUUUCAUUGCAGAAAA